AUGGUUAAUGAGUUGUCUAAUAUGAUAAUUGUCGACGAAAUCGAUCGACUAUGUGUUGCUUAUGAUAAAGCAAAAGAGUACGUGGCAAAAUUAACAUCGAAUAUUGAUCAGCAGAUCGAAAUAUGGCAAUAUCGCCGACAAAUUAUUUUUGAGCAAUCAAGACAAUCGAAAUCUUCAUCAUCAUGUGACUUUUUUCUGCCAAAAACUCAACGCAUUAACGAUUUAACUAUUCAAACUGUGGAAGCUCUAUGUCGCGCUGAUCUAUUACUUGAACAAAUUCAUCGUAUUGAUCCCAAGUCUGCUAUUCUUCCAGCAUCAACGUCAACAUUAGUUUCAACACGACCCAAUCAAACAAUCAUGUCAUCGUCUCAUGUACGUCAACCUACUCCAUCGUUUCCUAAACAAUCGCCAAUUUCACAUGCCCGAACCCAUGAACAAAGUAUGCCAUUUGUACCAGCAAUCCGAAAUACCCAACAAUCAAUAUCAGGCCGAUUAUCAAAUUUGAAUACGAAAGAAAAAACUGGCUUUCAACCUGUAAUAACACCACAAUCAUCGACAAACGUGAUGGAAAACCCAUCACGUACAACACCAGUCCAUACACAGAAUAUGAAUUAUUAUGCAAACAAUGGUCCUCUAAGCUUUCCUCGUACGACACCGUCAUCGUCAUCUCCCUGGUAUGUCAUACGUACAACACCAUCGGAACAUGUGUCCUCGCCGUUCCGAGGCACUUCGUCUGUCCCAUUGCUAACGAGGAAUCAAUUACUUCGUACGAAAGAAAAAGUCAAAUUGCAACGUAUAUCCUCCGGUACAAUAUGGUUUCCAGCGAAAAUUGAGAUCAUUGAUACAUUAUCAGGAUUCUAUGUUGAGAAUCUUGACCGAAACGUGAACAAAAGAUUCAGUCAGAUGCAGAAUCAACUCCAUAACCAUUACGAUGAAUUAGAAAAAUCCAAUCAAUUAGUUCCAUUACAAAAUAUUGCGAUUGGUGAUUUUGGUGUUGCAAAAUAUAGUGAAGACGAUCGUUGGUAUCGGGCACGUUUAAUUAUGUGCGAAGGACAAAAUUCCAUCAAGAUUGUUUUUGUCGACUUUGGAAAUAUUGAAAUCAAGUCUAUAAAUGAUUUUUACCCGUUACAUAAAAUGUUUACAGAUUUACCAGCACAAGCGAUUGCUUGUAGUUUAUCUGAAGCUUUUCCUCGAUCAGAAAAUGAAAACUCUGCUGUCUGGCCAGAAGAAGCAGUUCAGAUGUUUAAACAGAUAGUACUUGAUAAAGAGGUGAAAAUUCAUUUUGUCGAUUCAGAAGAAGGCACCGAAAGAUGGCCAUUACAUUUUGUUCGGGUACUCAUUGGCGAUCAAUCAUUAACAGAUCUACCUGAACUUCAACAAUUUAUUGAGCCAAGAUCAAAUCGAGAUAUUGCUGAAAUAAUGGCACCAUGUCUUACUGAACAGGAAUACAUUCUUUUCAAUGUACCCAUCAGUGAAGAUGAUUAA